AUGCCAGGCCGAAUGCCGGCCAUAAGCCUCCAGCCAGAGGAGCUGCUGGUUUGGAGAUGCGAGAAGUCUCAAGGGACCCCGCUGGUCCAUUCAGCGGCAGUCUUCACAUCGUUCCAAAGUGCCGAUGGGCACUGUGAGGAGGGUUUCAGAUGCGUGUCUCGAAUCUCGAAGUUUGGUACAGGGCAUUGGGGCCAAAUAGAUCCAGGAAAAGAGAAGAUUGCUGAGGAGGCAGACUCGGCUCCUGUUUACGAAUGGGGCUGCCCCUUCCAGGGAGAGUGGGCCGAAAACAGAUAUGAAAGUGGUCCUGGAGACGACCAGUGCACAGACGAAGGUGAUUGCAUUUGCAUCGCCCGUGGUUCUCCAAACAUGCAUACGGAGCUCGAAGGUGGCCAUGAGAAGGUCAUCGGGCGGUUUGAAACAGAGUCCGGUAAAGCCAAUCUGGGUCACGAGCCCCAGCUCAUCAACGUUAUCCCGCACUACUUCAUGCGAACGAAGGAUGGCGCGCCGUUCGACAUCGAAAACCCACAUUCCGGCCUCGGUGUCGUGAAAGAGUUCGAUAGGGAAGAGUGGCUGCUCAAGUACAAGGAGGAAGCACCAAAGAUUCAAGGUGCUCUUGACAAGCUUCGGGCAGCCGUCGAUGCAGAGUACCGCAGCAAGGUGCAGGAUGGAGCACCUUUUGUCUGCGAUGGCGCUCAACCUCCAGGGGAAGAGCCAUCCCUGACGAAAGCUGAGACGCAGCUGGGGCUUAUGCGGGUGCGACGCUUCCAAGUCCUUGCUUCUGACUGCGUCAACAUGCAGGACACAGCUGCAAAACUCGCUGGUAGACCAGAGGAGGAGUCUUUCGCUCCGUCUGGCAAGACAGAGGGCGGUGAUGAGCUGAAGUGCUACAGGAAGAAGGAUUCUGUCGAAUGCCAGCAGCUGAACUGCUACCGGGGCUUCGAGGACCAGGGCUUCCUUGAUCGGUUGCAGCUCUACAAAUCGCAGCUCGACUCUUGCAGCCCAGAGGAGGAUACCAAGACCGAGAUGGAACCAGCGGCUGGAAACAGUGUCAAAGCUCCGAAGACGGAAACGGGUGCUGCUCCAACACCCAAAGAAGGAGAUCUGAAGGAUAAGGACAUGAAGGAGGUGGAGAAGGAGGUCGACAACGAAGCGCAAGCAGAAGCUGCAAAAGAGUCGACGGAAGAAGUUGCAGAAGGAAAACAGCAGUCUACUCAACCUGCGCUGUUGGGAGCCGUCUUCCGCCCCCUUGCUUGCUCUCAGAAGGCUGAAAGCAGAUCUCGACGUGCCGACUUCUUGUGA